AUGCCCCAAAAGAAUGUGGUCACCUGGAACUGCAUGAUCUCGGGCUACAUCAAGAACGGCAUGGUCAGCGAGGCCCGCCGGGUCUUUGACUCGAUGCCGGUCAAGAACGUGGUCUCGUGGACCGCCAUGCUGAGCGGGUACGCCAAGAAUGGGAAUUUGGCGGAGGCUAGGCUACUGUUCGAUUCGAUCGAAAAAAAGAACGUCGCCAGCUGGAACUCCAUGAUUUCAGGGUACUGGAGCUGCGAAAAAAGUGAGGAAGCCCAGCAGCUGUUUGCUGAAAUGCCUGUGAAGAAUGAUGUUUCUUGGGCUACGAUGGUCGAAGGGUAUUUUCGUUGUGGGGCCGUGGAAAAAGCUGAGAGCUUGUUUAGACUGGCUUCGGUUAAAAGCGUGUUGCUUUGUAAUGCUAUGCUGGCCGGGUAUGUUGAGAUGGGACACGUGGACAGGUCCUAUGAGCUUUUUACGAGAAUGCCCGAACGUGAUGUAGUAUCUUGGACUUGCCUGAUGAAGGGUUUUUUGAGAGUUGGGGAGUUGGAAAAAGCUCGGAACUUUUUCGAGUCCAUGCCCGUGAGGGAUGCAGUUGCUUGGACAGUGAUAAUCAAGGGUUACUUGGAUCAUGAUAGGAUUGAAACUGCUCGGGAAUUGUUUGGGAGAAUGCCCCACAAAGAUAUUGUUGCAUGGAAUGCAAUGCUGACGGGUUUCGUCCGAAGUGGGAAAUUAGACGAAGCUUUUGAUCUGUUUAACAGAAUGCCGCAUAGGAAUGUGGUGUCUUGGAAUCUCAUGCUGUGGGGUUACGUACAGUUUGGUGAUAUUAAAGCUGCCCGUGAAUUGUUCGAAAAAAUUCCAAAAAAGGACGUGAUCUCGUGGAACACUUUGAUUUCCGGGUACAAAACUGAGGAGGCUUUGGUCCUGUUCAUGCGGAUGCUGUCCAAUGGGUUUGCGCCAGAUCAGGGCACAUUAACUGCAGUUAUAUCUGUUAGUGGUGUUCUUGCUAAACUGAGUUGGGGAAAAGCAAUGCACGUUUUUUCUGUCAGGAUUGGGCAUGAAAAUGAUAACAUGGUGGCAAGCUCGUUGAUAUCUAUGUAUUCGAGAUGUGGGUGUAUGAAAGAUGCCACUUUGGUAUUUGAGAAGAUGCAAAAUCGUGAUACGGCAUUAUGGAAUGCCAUGAUAUUGGCAACAGCACGUCAUUCUUUUGCCAAACAGGCCUUUGAUCUCUUUCGUAGCAUGAUAGAUGCCGGAUGUGAACCUGAUCACGUCACUUUCUUAGUUCUGUUAUCUGCGUGUGCUCAUUCUGGGCUCGUGAGUGAAGGUUUGGAAUAUUUCGAGCUGAUGGGGACUUAUAAAUUGACUCCAAGACCCAAGCAUGGCUCGUGCAUUGUUGACCUCCUUGGCAGAUCGGGUUUUCUUGGCGAAGCAUUUGAAUUGAUUAAUCGGCUGCCUUUGGAUAUUGGGGCAAAUGCAUGGGAAGCAUUGCUUCAUGCGUGUAGUGUUCAUGGAGAUUACGAAUUAAUUGACUUGAUUGAGAAAAGAAUUUUGGGGUAUCAAAGUUGUCAUGUCGGGAUGCAUGUUCUUCAGUCAAAUAUAUAUUCGACACGUGGCAUGUGGAAGCAUUCUGCACGAAUAAGAGAAAAUCUAAGACAAAGCCAGUUAAGAAAGGAAAUGGGAUGGAGUUCGGUUGAUGCGAAUUGA